GGGCUUUGGCCAAGACAUUGUCCCUUCUUACAGUUGCUAUGUUGGUUUGUAUGGCAAUGAAUGUUGCUCUUCUCUAUCAGACAGCUUUGGGGAGCUCAUCUAUGGUUGUUUGAGCCUGGGUUUCCUUAGUAGAGUGGGACAUCUGGAGCAGGUGGGUUCUCAGAAGUGGUCCAGCGAGCAGUUCGAACUUUCUGCCCUGGUAUGCGGUCAUGAUGCAUGUGGUGUGAGUGUCAUUAUAGGGGUGCCUCCUGAUUCCCAAAGCCUCUCAAUGGACCCUAUGGCAUUAUUGACUGGACGCAUCUGGACAAGAGCACUUUUGGGUGGCUUUAAGAGCAAAGAUUCUGUUCCCCAACUUGUGACUGAUUUUAUGACUAAGAAGUUUUCAUUGGAUCCAUUAAUAACCCAUGUUUUAGCUUUUGAAAAAAUUAAUGAAGGAUUUGACCUGCUUCUCUCUGGAAAAAGUAUCCGUACUGUCCUGACGUUUUGA